AAACAAUCGAUAGUUGCAAUGAAUCGAAGAGAUCAGAUUUAUUUUGCAAUCUUAUUAAGUGUAAUUGCAACUAUUGAUGACUCUAAAAUUAUCAAAUUACGAGAAGAAUAUUCUCUUUUGGGCAUUAAUAGCAAAGGUCAA